UCUCAUUCCAUUUCUAUUAUCACCAGGAAUCGAGUUCUGACUAUAUUGUAUACAAUGGUUGACCCCGGAAGUGUUGUUGUCUUAAUUGUCGGGUUGAUUGUUGCUCGUCUUGUUACGAAUCGAUUCCGUCUGUCUGGAAUUCCGGGUCCCUCGUUGGCGGCCUACACUCGACUGUGGAAGCUGUACAAUGCAUGGAAGGGCGACCAUCAUCACACGGAGAUUGACCUUCACCGGAAAUAUGGCUCUUUGGUACGAAUCGGCCCCAGGCAUAUCUCAGUGAGCGACCCUAAGGCCAUCCCGAUCAUCUAUGGCUUCAAUAAUGGCUUUACCAAGACGGCUUUCUACCCAAUUCAAUCCAUAUCAUGGGACAAGAAACCUCAAAUGAACCUCUUUUCUACUCGAGAUGAGCGUUUCCAUCGUGAUCAGAAACGUCCUAUUGCCGGCGGUUACAGUAUGACCUCUAUACUCGAGAUGGAGCCUGCUGUCGACUCGUGUACCGAGCUGUUUCUAUCCCAAAUCCGAAAGAUAGUGAAAGAAAAGGCGCCGAUUGACCUCGGAAUAUGGCUGCAAUACUACGCCUUCGACGUUGUGGGCGAGCUAUCUUUCGCUCAGAAGCUAGGAUUCUUGGAGAAAGGACAGGAUGUAGACAAUAUGAUUGAGGCAAUCCGGGGAAUGCUCACAUAUGCGUUGAUAUGUGGCCAGAUCCCGGAGGCUCAUAGAGUCCUCCUUGGGAACCCUCUCUUCCCUAUUCUACUCCCUCAAAUGGAGACAUGGAACCAAGUGGUCGUAUUCACCCUAAAGGCGAUCAACCAACGAGCGUCCCUACAGCGCGACGGGGACUUGAAAAAGGACGAGAUAGGCGAAGCAAUUGGCGGAAAGGACAUGAUGUCUCGGUGGCUGGCAAUCCACAACGCUGACCCGACACGGCUAUCGACAAGAGAUCUUAUUGUCCACCUAUCGACAAAUGUCUUCGCCGGAUCCGAUACAACCGCAAUUGCCCUUCGCGCAAUUCUCUAUUAUCUCAUCUGCCACCCAGACAAAAUGUCAAAAGUGCGAGUGGAGAUCGAUACAGCAGACCGAGACGGCAAACUGAGUAAUCCGAUCUCCUACCACGAAUCAACCACACAUCUUCCAUACUUCGGUGCGGUUAUGAAAGAGGCAAUGCGCUUGCACCCAUCAGUUGGAGGGAACCUCGAACGUCAUGUGCCGCCGCAGGGCGUCACUGUUUGCGGUCAACACAUUCCAGGCGGUACAAAGGUUGGUAUCAACCCCUGGGUUGUCCACCGAGAUCCGAUUGUCUUUCCUCAGCCGGACUCCUUCCUCCCUGAGCGAUGGCUGGAAAACCCCCCAGAAAAGUUAAAAGAAAUGGAGAAAGCCUUUCUCAACUUCGGCGCAGGCUCGCGAUCAUGUGUUGGGAAGACAAUCUCUCUGAUGGAAAUGCGGAAAAUUCUCCCUCAGCUAUUGCGGGAAUUCGAUAUUCACUUGCAUCAGAACAAGCCGUGGAAGACAAGAAAUGUAUGGUUUGUGCAACAAGAGGAGUUCAUUUGUGACUUGACACCAAGGAUGCACUCGUAAUAGGCUUUCGUGGGAGCUUUAGCUUGAGCAUUUCGAAUACAUGAUACGAUCUACCUUCCGCUGAUAGGCUCCCUGUAAAUUGUCUUACGUGAAUGUAAAAGAUAAUGGGCAAGGAUUUAGGUCUGGCCAGG